AAAUACAAAAGCAGCUGGGAAGCAGCGGCGAGGCGAGUUCCCAGCGCAGGGCAGAGCGCCGGACAGAGCCCCGCAGCGCCCCGCGGCCGCGAUGGGGCUCAGGCGCCCAAAGCCCCGGAGCCAACAAGCUGCCGGGCCCGCCUCGCCGCCCCGACCCGGGCGCCGGGGCUCGGCUUGAAGCGGCGGCGGCGGCGGCACCGGCGCGGCCGCGGGAGCAUGGGGAGGAGGAUGCGGAGCGCCGCCGCCACCGCGGGGCUCUGGCUGCUGGCGCUGGGCUCGCUGCUAGCGCUGUGGGGCGGGCUCCUGCCGCCGCGGACUGAGCUGCCAGACUCCCGGCCGCCCGAAGACGGACUCCCCCAGCGUCCGGCCCGGAGAGGCGGCCCCGCGCCGGUGCCUCGCUUUCCUCUGCCCCCGCCCCUGGCGUGGGACGCCCGCGGUGGCUCCCUGAAAACUUUCAGGGCGCUGCUCACCCUGGCGGCCGGCGCGGACGGCCCGCCCCGGCGGCACCCUGGCGAGCGCAGGCGGCACGUGCCCGCUGGGCGGCCCGGGCUGGCGGAGCGCGCAGCGGUGCACGAGGGUGUCUUCUGGAGCCGUGGCCUGGAGGAGCAGGUGCCCCGGGGCUUUUCCGAGGCCCAAGCGGCGGCGUGGUUGGAGGCUGCGCGCGGCGCCCGGGUGGUGGCCCUGGAGCGCGGGGGCUGCGGACGCAGUUCGAACAGACUGGCGCGUUUUGCCGACGGCACCCGAGCCUGCGUGCGCUACGGCAUAAACCCCGAGCAGAUCCAGGGCGAGGCCCUGUCCUACUACCUGGCGCGCCUUCUGGGCCUCCAGAGCCACGUGCCACCGCUGGCACUAGCUCGGGUGGAGGCUCGGGGCGCUCAGUGGGCGCAGGUGCAGGAGGAACUGCGCGCCGCGCACUGGGCGGAGGGCAGCGUGGUGAGCCUGACUCGCUGGCUGCCCAACCUCACAGACGUGGUGGUGCCAGCGCCCUGGCGCUCAGAGGACGGCCGUCUGCGGCCCCUGCGCGACGCGGGGGGCGAGCUGGCCAACCUCAGCCAAGCGGAGCUGGUGGACCUGGUGCAAUGGACCGACCUGAUCCUCUUCGACUACCUGACGGCCAACUUCGACCGACUUGUAAGCAACCUCUUCAGCCUGCAAUGGGACCCACGCGUUAUGCAGCGCGCCACGAGCAACCUGCACCGCGGUCCUGGAGGGGCGCUGGUCUUUCUGGACAAUGAGGCGGGCUUAGUACAUGGCUACCGGGUGGCAGGCAUGUGGGACAAGUAUAACGAACCGCUGUUGCAGUCGGUGUGUGUGUUCCGCGAGCGGACCGCGAGGCGCGUCCUGGAGCUGCACCGCGGUCAGGACGCGGCGGCCCGGCUACUGCGCCUCUACCGGCGCCACGAGCCUCGCUUCCCGGAGCUGGCAGCGCUUGCCGACCCCCACGCUCAGCUACUGCAGCGCCGCCUCGACUUCCUCGCCAAGCACAUUUUGCACUGCAAGGCCAAGUACGGCCGCCGGCCGGGGACUUAGCGUCACCCUGAGGAAGAGAGGAACAACCGGGACUGGGGUGUGGAUGAAUGGGGGAAGGGCUGUCGCCCCUGCCACCGCCUGGGACCAGCUGGGCCAACGCCCAGGCAGUGACCUGAGCGCAAAGGUGUUUAAAAACUAAUGCUUCACCCAUCUGCCCUCUUUUUUUUUUUUUUUUUUAAUCCCUCGCUUUUUUCCUUUCAAAGUUCUAAGAGGGCGAACUCACCGAGGCGAGAAGUGUAACAUUCCCUCCACCCAGCUUAUAAAAGGAUUCUUUCCUGUGCCGGAGCGGAGACUAGAUCCGAAGAAACUGGCUGCUGGGGUUUGUUCCCCGGGUGACGGUCUCUGUGGGAGAUGAACCCCAUUCUUGGACAUCCCCCCCUCCCUUUCCAAAAAAGGAAAACUUCCGUUUGAGCGGUUGAGCUAAUUCUUCAAUUUCCUACCAAACGCUGUGCUGGUGGCCCCGGAGCAAGGCUGUGACAUUGGCUGGUGGAGCCCCCUUCCUGUGUUCUGCCUUUGUUCCAGCGCAGCGAUGGUGAGAUCACUGUUCAGAGAAGGGGGACAGCUCCCUCCCGAUAGGACAAAGAGAGCAAGACCUCCACACCCUGGGGAGUCCUGGAGACCCUGACAAUUUGUCUGACUCAUUUCUGAAAUCUGUUUUGGCCUGAAGGCUAUGAAUGCACUGAGUCAAAUACGAAUUGCUUCUUCCUGCCCCUCCCAACUGACCAAAAUUUUGACAAUGACGAUGUUCACCAGAAGAAAAAACAGUUCCAUGCACUUUACUUUGUUUUAUUUUAAUUUUUUAUUAAGAAAAACUUUUUUUUAUUUGAUAGAAUUUGCCUUCUAUGUAUAUAUGUGCAUAAAUUGUGGUGUAAAUAUACUAAACAAACUUAUAUUUCAAUAAAAGGGAGUUUAAAAUUUAGAAUUU